CCAGCAGCUGCGUCGCGUUGGCGCUGCCGUUGCCGUUCCCGUACUAUUACUACUACUACUACUACUAUUAUUACUACUAUCCUCGUGUUGGGAUCGCCGCCUCGUUGUUAAAGUCAAAUCGCCGUACACUCAUCGACGACCACGAGGACGACUCGUCAUUACUAUUCGUAAGGAUCGAAGAACCGCAAGUGAAAUUGACGUGUUUCGACUUAGCAUCGACUGAGCCAAAAGCGAAGAAGCAACAGGACGAAAAGGAAUACGACAAAGUGGCAAACGUGGCGUGUCCGAUAAACGACAAGAGAGUAAUAGUGUUUGCAAGCAAGAACAGUAACAGUGUUAACCGCCAGAACGCGCGAGCACGAUUUUCCGCGUGACCAACAGCCACUCGCUGUUACGCCGUGUCGAUGGUAAUCGCGUUUGUGAUUCAUACAAUACCCGGCAUGGUAACGGUUACGACCUGAAACGGAACGAUCCUCGUGCAUAUAAUUUACGCCGAAUGCAAUAAUAACACAUUAAUCGUUGUUCUGAUCAUUAAGCAGAGACUAAAGUUUCUGACUUACAUAAAAUGGGGAAUUAAACGAAAUAUAGAUAUAUGUGCAUACAUAUAUACGUACAUACAUAGGCGUGUGAUCUUGUGUAUCGUGAAUGUUAGUGACAAUAAAUUCGUCGAGCAUAUAGUGCGCGUACGCAGUUAUAAAUUUGUAGACUUGUUAUUGGUUGAAAUUCGAAUUUCAAGUACGUGCAAAUUCGUUGGCAUUCGUGUACAAUCGACAAAAGCGUUGCGCGACAGAGCCUCGUCAGAAUAUAAUAUAAAAACCAAGAUAACCUUGCUGUGUUGAUACACGCGUGCCGGGUGUGGAACAGAAAAAUUCGUUGCAAGUGGAAAGACAUAGUGUGAAUAGCCACAUACGAAUGAGGAAGAAAAACGGUGAAAUACAAGAGGAAAUAGAGAACAAAGGAACAGGAGAAGUGUGAUAUCGGACCGUUGCAUUCGUACUUCUACCUUGAAAUUUCGAUUCGUGUAGUGCCAUAUCGCGAUACACAUAUACAUUUCCACGCCAAUGAAGUGUUGCUUGGCCAAUUAAACGAAACUCUCAGCAUUAAACCAAUCUAACAGAAUAACUUCGAAUAUGUCGCUGCUCAGCGUCACGGUGAAGAAAGCGCGGUUCGUCUGCGAGGAAGCGGAACAAUUCAACUCGUACGUAACACUGAAGCUGCAAAAUGUGAAGUCGACGACAGUCACGGUGAAAGGGGCCAAUCCAUGCUGGGAGCAAGACUUUCUUUUCGAGACGAACGACAUGAACACGGGCCUUGUGGUGGAGGUCUGGUGCAAGGGUUUCCUGUGGGAUCGUUUCUUGGGCUACUACUACGUCCCUUUAUCGGAAGUGUCCUACAUGAAUGAGGUAACGUCUAAGCAGUGCCACGAUACAAGCAUCACGGUGUCGGCGGGGAAACAAGAACAAGAACACACACCUCCUGCAAGCACGCGAGACACGAACAGCAACACACAGCCACCAGACCUCACCAACACGGAGGGUUCCGGACAAUGGGUCAGCCUCGACUUGGAGCUCGAGAUGAGAGGUGCCGAGAUCAUCGGCACGAAAAAGCCAACUGGCCAUUCGCUUCUCAUAGACUGCCGUUUGGAGCUUCCGUUCGUCUCUGACCAAUCAGGAAAGUGCGAACAACGAACGAGAUGGAAAGCCCUGCUAACGAGCGAAACGGCAAUGCAGUUGCGAGCAGCCCGGCCCAUGUGUGGCUCAGACCCCGAGAACACGGAGGCGGCCGAUCUGCAGAGGAAGCUGGAAAUGCUGAACAACAUGAUGGACCAGGAAGCACGAGCCGAACAGGCACGACGACAGAUAUUGUACAAUAUAGGCCACUCCGGUUACUCGGAGGAUUCCGACUAUACGUCAGACUUGAAUUAUCCAGUUGGCGGACAAGGUGCAAACAGCUCGGCUUCGCAGUUUCGUACUGCUGCCAACCAAUUGGCCACCCCUCAGAGAUCCCUUGAGACCUCGAGAGAAAAUAGCUACGAGAGGGAUGAUCAUCAGAUUCCAGCCACAGUCGGAGGAAGGCUAUCUAUAAUUAAUUACGCGGGCUACAGUGGAUCAGGCCACAGUCCACGAUACGACGAACCGUAUCCCGAAGAAUGCCCACCUCAAAGGUAUUCACAGUCUCAGCACGCUUCCGAAUCUUCUGAGCCACUCUUCUACAACAGCCGACCCAGGCAUUAUAAGGAAUACAGACGACGGAAGCAUACGUGGGAUUACGAGGACAGUCAAGACGGUUGGUAUAGCGAAGAUUACGAUUAUCAUGGAACAAGAGUCGACGAAACCAAAAUCUAUAGCGAUACCGAAUAUUAUCCGAGUAGUACAACGAGUGCUUCCAGAAGGAGAGGACAUCACAGAAGACCAUCUUUGGAAAGACAAAUGACUUUAUACGACGACCAUUCUUACUAUACCGAUGGAUAUAGUAGUGAUGGAAGAGUGGGGAAAAUGAGCGCCACGUAUCCUGAAUGCCAAACGGACAUUAGGUACAAUGAGUACUACGAUAGCAUCACGGGAUACGGUUAUCAAGAUGAAAGGUAUGGCCAAGACGACGAGGAUAGACAAUGGGACAGUGGAGGGAAGUGGUAUCUAGGAACUAGUACCUAUUAUGAGAAUAAACGGAAUAGAAAAACGCUUCCACAGAGGCCUGCAUCUAGUAUCGGUAUUCAUCGACCCGAUUACAGACCAACGGUUACCAGACAACGCAGUUACGAAUCGGAGGAACUGAAUUAUAGUGGUUAUAGCGCUCGUCGUCGAAAACCGCUUCAACCACAACAACGACCACCGUCCAGGCAAGAAGGGACGGGUAAAAAACUACCUCCGACACCAACAAAACCAAGCAAUGUUAUUAUCAAUCGUAUGCUUGCCACAUCGAGCAGGCAACUGCCAAAGACUAGAACUCCUUCCGAGGAGAGCUAUCACAAGUCUGACUACAACGAGGACUAUAAUUACGCUUAUCGCAGCCAAGAUAAUUUACCUCAGGAUACCUACAUUGACAGUAUAUAUAGCGAGAAAAGUGGUUACGACCAAGUGCACGCACCUGGCAAAACUCAAUACGCUGAGGAUAGUCAAUACGGGUCCAGUUACACGCCCCAGGUCGAUGACCAGUAUGAUCGUUCGUAUCAAGAGCCACAGACACAGGAUACGUACGAUCAAUCGUAUUUACAAAACUCGUAUAAGGACGAGUUUCAAAAGCCUUACGUGGAACAGAACACUCAGGUUUAUCAGGAUACGUAUCAAGAUAUAACAUAUCCGAACGCGAGCCAACCGAAUGAUCAAUACACUAGCCAACCGAACGAUCAAUACAGGAAAAUGAGCAGGGAUAUGAUAAUAGACGACAAUUACCAGGUGGUGGGUGGUUACGAUCAGAACAACGUUCAAUAUCAGGACAGGAAGAAAGUAUCUACCUAUAAGAAUACGUAUCAAGAGCAAUACGAUGGUUACAACGUGCCGUCGAGCGUAUACGACCAAAAUAACGUGACAAAUACGUACAAUCAAUACCAACAAGAGCAAUACGAUUCUCAGUACAAUAUAAACACGUCGACUGAUUACCAGAAGACAUAUCCGGAUACCUAUAAUCAAGAAACGUACAACACAAAAGCCUAUAGCCAAGAAACUUACAAUCAGGACACGUAUAUUCAGGAUACGUAUAAUCAAGAAACGUACCAUCAGCAAGAAGAAACCUACAACCAGCAAGAUACGUACAAUCAGGUAGUGCCCAUUUCGCAAAGUAAUUACGAGGAUACUUAUAGCAAAUCCCAGAAGGAUUACGUUAAUUAUCAAACACCGUAUAGCAAAGAGGAGACUGUUAACAUGACGUACGAGAAUGAUUAUCAAGAUCACUAUCAAGAGCCUUACGAAGAUUCUUAUCACGAAUCUUAUCAGGAAUCGUUCGAGGAACACUACAAAGAGAGUCCAGCUGCCAGUACUGAGAGAAGAGCAAGCGAAGUUCCGGAAUUAUCGGUGACCACGCCAAGAGGUCAGACGAGAACGAAUGGAUAUCAAUCGAGCGAAUCGGACUAUUAUCUAAUGUCUCAGGAAAGUCAAGACGUGUCCUCGAGAAAGAAGAAGCACGAGAAACGUGAACCUAGCCCUCUCGUCCAGCAAAAUACCGAUUCCUUGGAAUCCAAAGACGACGAAUUGAAGGAAAUCGAAACUGCCGUGAGUUCUAUUAGUAGCAUUCCACAGAAGAAAGGAAUCAGCGAUUAUUCGACACCUGCUGAUUCCAGUUCCGUUGCCCCUACUUUGAUCGAAUCUCCCCAAAGCAGCCUUCAACCCGCUACAACGAUGGUUAAUCACGUAACAGCCAAUCAUAUUCCAACGAGUAUGACGGUGACGGCAAUGGUUCACACAACGGGUAAUGGAAAACGAUUGACGAGAACUGAGUCGUAUCAGGAGGAAGUGAUCGAGGACGAAGAAUAUCCGGAAAUCAUACCAAAAGAACCGCAGAGAAAAGACUCGCAGUUAUCGUAUCAGAGUCAACAUUCUUCCCAGCACAGCGUGCAUUCUCAAAAACCAAAAUUGACCAGAGGUGAUUCUUACGCCUCCGACCACUUCCCCGAGGAAUCGUACAGCAGAAGAAGUUCGUACGCGCAGUCGACGAGAAAAGACUCUUUCUCUUCAACUACACAAGAAAACUUUAAACCACCUCUCACCAGAACAGACUCGUACCAAAACAGAGGUAGCUACGGGCAGAACUUCAGUGCUCCUCAACCUAUUUCCAGAGCUGAGAGUUAUCAGCGUGGAUACUUCAAUGACCAAAAGUCUGUGGAGGAACCGGAAGUUAGCUUGAGCAAUGCGGUGAACGACGACUACAAGAUGAGGGAGGAGUCUCUUGAAAGGUACGACGAUGAACCAAUGCUUCGUGAUUCUCGGGAGGAUUCGUUGAUGGACACGUACAAAGCUACACCGCCGAUGUCGCAUACCGAUAGUCCACGUGGAAGCAUAACGAAACAAGCGUCUUUAGAAGAAAGUGUUCAAAUGGAUACUCCACCGAGAAGUCCACCAGAACCACCACCGGAUAAGGAGCUUCUAGAGAUGGUUGGAGCUGCACCAGUGCCUACACAGUUGAAAGAAAGACCAGAGAUGACGGCAAAGCAACGAUGGCAUUGGGCGUAUAACCAAAUAGUGAUGCAACUACGGAACGGGAGCGGAACUGGAGGCGAAUCCGGUGGACGGGGCAACGGGCAUCCGGGGGAUAAUCCUUUCUACAGCAACAUCGACAGUAUGCCGGACAUUCGGCCGCGCCGAAAAUCGGUGCCAUUGGUCUCCGAGCUGGUCUUGAAGACAAUGGCGGCGACCAAGAGGAAUGCGGCUGGUCUAACCUCGGCAGUGCCAAGAGCGACCUUAAACGACGAGGAGCUGAAGAUGCACGUGUACAAGAAAACGCUGCAGGCGAUGAUCUACCCGAUCUCCUCGACCACCCCCCACAAAUUCGUCACAUGGACUGCCACGUCGCCUACUUACUGCUACGAGUGCGAGGGCCUUCUUUGGGGUAUCGCCCGACAAGGGGUGCGGUGUACGGAGUGCGGUGUCAAGUGUCACGAAAAGUGCAAGGACCUGCUGAACGCGGAUUGCUUGCAAAGGGCGGCUGAGAAAAGCUCGAAGCACGGUGCCGAGGAUAAGGCGAACAGCAUCAUCACGGCGAUGAAGGAGAGAAUGAAGCAGAGGGAGCGAGAAAAGCCCGAGAUCUUCGAGCUGAUCCGGUCAGUCUUCGGGGUCGACGAGGAAGCACAUACGGGUCACAUGACGGCGGUGAAGCAGUCGGUUCUAGACGGUACCAGCAAGUGGUCCGCGAAGAUCGCCAUUACAGUGAUCUGCGCUCAAGGAUUGAUCGCGAAAGACAAGAGCGGCACAUCUGAUCCGUACGUGACAGUCCAAGUCGGCAAAGUGAAGAAGCGAACUAGGACCAUGCCGAGGGAAUUGAAUCCUGUUUGGCACGAGAAAUUCUACUUCGAAUGCCAUAACUCGUCCGACCGGAUAAAAGUGAGAGUGUGGGACGAGGACAACGAUUUGAAGUCGAAGCUACGGCAGAAACUGACGAGGGAGAGCGACGAUUUCCUCGGUCAAACAAUCAUCGAGGUGAGGACACUGAGCGGGGAGAUGGAUGUGUGGUAUAACCUUGAGAAAAGGACGGACAAGAGCGCGGUUUCCGGCGCGAUCAGGCUGCACAUCAGCGUGGAGAUCAAAGGCGAGGAGAAGGUCGCUCCAUACCACGUGCAAUACACAUGCCUGCACGAGAAUCUGUUUCACAGUUUGUGCGAGAAGAACGAUGGGGUGGUCGCGUUGCCCCAGGCGAAGGGUGAUGACGCCUGGAAGGUGUACUUCGAUCCACCAGGAGAAGAGCUCGUGGACGAGUUCGCGAUGAGAUACGGCAUCGAGAGCAUUUACCAAGCAAUGACACAUUUUCACUGCCUCUCCACGAAGUACCUGUGCCCAGGUGUGCCAGCGGUGAUGUCCACCCUGUUGGCGAACAUAAACGCGUACUAUGCCCAUACAAGCGCGAGUUCCGCCGUUUCGGCCAGUGAUAGAUUCGCCGCCAGCAAUUUUGGGAAAGAGAAGUUCGUGAAAUUACUGGAUCAGCUGCACAACUCCCUGCGAAUCGAUCUCUCGAUGUAUCGAAAUAACUUCCCCGCCUCGAGCCAGGAGAAGCUGAUGGACCUGAAGAGCACGGUCGAUCUUCUCACGAGUAUCACAUUCUUCCGUAUGAAAGUUUUGGAAUUGUCCAGCCCGCCGAGGGCGAGCACCGUGGUUAAGGAUUGCGUGAAGGCGUGUCUUCGAUCGACCUACCAGUUCCUGUUCGAGAAUUGCUACGACAUCUACAACAGGGAAUUCCAAGUGGAUCCGAACGAGGCGAAGAGGGACGCCGAGGAUCACGGCCCUCGUUUGGAAUCGUUGGAUUUCUGGCAUAAAUUGAUCGCGUUGAUCGUUUCGGUGAUCGAGGAGGAUAAAAACAGCUACGCACCCGUCCUCAACCAAUUCCCCCAGGAAUUGAACAUCGGUCAAUUGUCGGCGGCCACUAUGUGGUCCUUGUUCGCGGUGGACAUGAAAUACGCGUUGGAGGAGCACGAGCAGCACAGAUUGUGCAAAUCUUCGGCCUACAUGAACCUCCAUUUCAAGGUCAAAUGGUUGCAUACGAAUUACGUGAAGGAUGUGCCGCCGUACAAAGGCGCUGUGCCUGAGUACCCUGCGUGGUUCGAGCCGUUUGUAAUGCAAUGGUUAAACGAGAACGAUGACGUCUCACUGGAAUAUCUCCAUGGUGCCUUCAACAGAGACAAGAAGGACGGAUUCCAAAAGAGCAGCGAACACGCGCUGUUCAGUGUCUCCGUCGUCGACGUCUUCACACAAUUAACCCAGUGUUUCGACGUGGUCUCCAAACUGGAGUGUCCAGAUCCGGAAAUCUGGAAGAGGUAUAUGAAGAGAUUUGCAAAGACCAUUGUGAAAGUAUUGGUUGCAUACGCGGAUAUCGUGAAGAAGGAAUUCCCAAGUCAUCUGAAGGAAGAAAGAAUCGCUUGCAUUCUCAUGAACAACAUUCAGCAAUUGAGAGUACAAUUAGAAAAGAUGUUCGAAUCGAUGGGUGGAGAGAAAUUAGAAGAGGAUGCGGCGAACAUUUUGAAAGAGCUUCAACAACAAUUGAAUGGAGCACUCGACGAUCUUGCUAUGCUUUUCGCAAAGAGUUUGGAACCAAGAAUAACAGCUUCCGUGAAAGAAUUAGGAGAUCUGUUGUUAGCUAUUAAAGGUAGUGGACAAGUGCAACCUGCUCAAAGAAACAACGUCGCUGUCGAAGCUGACGAAGUAUUGCGUCCUCUUAUGGAUCUUCUCGAUGGAAGUCUGUCGUUGUAUGCUGAAUCUUGUGAAAAGACUGUGCUCAAGAGGUUGCUGAAAGAAUUAUGGAAGAUCGUCAUGAGGAUUCUGGAGAAAACGGUGGUGCUACCACCUAUGUCAGACAAGAGUAUGAUGUUCAAGAAUCUAACAGAUAAUGCGAAGAAUUUAGCCGCGAAUGCUAAGAUAGAAGACAUGUCGAAAUUGUUUAAGAAUCACAUGGCCGGCAAACCGGAUGUGAAGAACGCACUGAGCGGUGUAAUGGAUAUUUCGAAGGAAGUAGAAAAGAAUCUUUCGCCGAAACAAUGUGCAGUCCUCGAGGUUGCCCUCGAUACCAUUAAACUGUAUUUCCACGCAGGUGGCAAUGGUUUGAAGAAAACAUUCUUAGAGAAAUCACCGGAAUUGCAAAGCUUGCGAUAUGCCUUGAGUCUGUAUACGCAAACAACAGACACACUCAUCAAGACUUUUGUCACAUCUCAGGUCAAUCAAGUGCCACUGAACAAUGCGUCAAAGCUACGUCAGCGUCAGCGUUCGAUGAGCAGCGAAAGAGGUGGCGACGAAGGGGAAGGAGCCGAGGGUAUGGAAAGCCUCGAGGAACCCCUUCGCCAGAGCAAGCCCUCUCUUCGUCGAGAGAGUCGACAAGUUCCAGAUACUGCUGGCACGGAGGAAGGCUCAGUUGGAGAAGUCAGUAUUCAAGUAGAUCUCUUCACGCAUCCUGGAACUGGCGAACAAAAAGUUACUGUCAAAGUUGUCGCUGCAAACGAUUUGAAGUGGCAACUAGCUACAGGAAUGUUCAGGCCAUAUGUUGAAGUAAACUUGAUCGGACCUCAUCUAACUGGAAAGAAGAGGAAACAAUCAACAAAAUCCAAGACCAAUAAUUGGUCACCACAAUUCAAUGAAAGCUUCGACUUCAUGAUCGGCAAUGAGCAGCAGCAAUUGGACUUCUACGAAUUGCACAUCUGUUGCAAAGACUAUUGCUUUGCCAGAGAAGACAGAUUAGUCGGUGUAGCAGUGAUGCAGCUUAAGGAUAUAGUCGAAGAAGGUUCUUGCGCCUGUUGGUUGUCGCUUGGCAAACGAAUCCAGAUGGACGAGACCGGUUGGACAAUCCUGAGAAUUCUUUCACAGAGGAACAACGAUGAAAUUGCAAAGGAAUUCGUAAAACUGAAGAGUGACAUCAGGCAGGAAACACCUUUACCGAAUCCUACCUGAGACUCGAAGUCACAGCAUUAAAGCCACGACAGCGAAGCGAUGCGUCCUUCGAGUUUGGAAAGAGCUCGGAGGAGAGAAGGAAAGAAGGGGCAUUGUCCACAGGGGAAACUAUAGAACGUUCGGCCGUCGUUGUCGAGAAUGAAGUCUUUAAAAAACAAACCAAGAAAAUAAAAAGUAAAAAAAUAAGUGCGAGCAAUACCGCAACAUAUGCGAAAAUGUAUGAAACACAAAUAAAAAAAAAAAAAAAAAAAAGAAACAAAAAACACGAACAAGAAAAAAAGAUCACCGAUAAGGACAAUCGGCCGAAUCCUUUUCGGUUCUUAUGAUAACAUCGUCGGUCAGUGAGGGAACGAGAAAGCAUGUCGCGUGACAUAUUUUCUUCUUGCUUCCUUCGCAGCCAGCUUCCGGUCGAGCGUGUUCUUCUGUCUUUUUUUACGAAUCACAGAGCUUUAGCCCCGUCCCCUAUAUAAACCAAAUAAACAAAAAGAAAAAAAAAGAACAAAACCAAAACAAAGAAAACAAGAAGGAAGGGUUUCGAGUGAAUAUAUUUAAAAUGAGCCCCGAAUCGAAACGUUCGUCCAAUGGAAGUCAAACAAGGGAGAAAAGAAAAAAUGGAAGGGUGAUUCCUCCCACCCUUUCGAAACAAACGAUAGAAAAAUAGAAUAACGUCCAAGACGGCGAACUUUUUGUUCAAACAAGUGCCGUAAAGAUGGAGGAUACGAAACCUCAGGUAUUGGAGAGUGUUCUGAAUAGACGCGAUAUGUGAAAACAGUGCUGCCAGUAUGCAAUAUAUUUGGUAAAUAUUCGUAACAUAAGGAAAGGAGAACGAAGUUGAAAUAAAAUGAAAAUCGUAAAAUGUAUCCAGCGCGAUUAGACCUCGACCUGUAUGGAUUCACAAAAGAAGAGAAAGCAGCUUAAUUGUGAAUAGUAAAGAAGAAGAAAAUAAAAGAACGAUCGAAUCGGGGUCCGUGAACAUAAGCAUGUUGCAAAUAUAAAACGCGAAUCAAACGUGUUUUCAAAAUUGAAAAGCGAAUCGUGCUGCAACGAGGAGAUGUAAUACUAAGUAUAAAUAUAUAGACCCUUGUGAGAGACGACGUUUUAGGCCGUUUGUUUGGGAAGAUGAGUUUUCUUGUAGAUAUGUGAAACACAUUGUUGACGAAAAAAGUUUUUUCUAAAUAACAGUUUAACGUAGCAUUGCGUACGACCAAUAGGCACAUCACGACGUUACUCGAGAUGUGCCGUUAGUAAUAAAUAGGCAUUGUAAUGUAAAGUACGUUCUUAUUGUAAGAAUUAACAAGAGAUCGUAUGAGUCUGAUUAUUGUUGGUGAACAAAUACGAGGUCCGCUCGAAGCAUUCUCCGUGAAUCACCUUUGGUCUCGCUUCGAAGAUCUUCGAAAUGAUAUAUAGAUGUUUAUUUAUACAAGAAAUUGAUAUUCCGUUCCAUUGAAGAAGGUAAAUAAAAAAAAAAAGAAAAAGAAAAAAAAAAGAAAAAAUAAUAAGAAAAGAAAGAAAUAGAACUUUCGUCCGCCUUAGAUUUUCUUUUAGUGUAUAAUAUUGUGAAACAGAGAAUCCGGUCUUUGAUCUGUUAUAACUAGAAAAUACUAUUUCUAUGAAUCGACAGCCUAACUUUUUCGAAAUUAAACUUUAUAUCGUGGUAGUUGUAUGGUAACUUAAAUAAUCAUCUAACUUCGACUCUUUUUCCUCUUGACGAUCAUUGCUUUUUGUGUGAGCGAAUAAAAUAUGUAAACAACAAGAUGGAACGCAAGCUUUGAAGAAAAAAAAGUGGACAUUAAUACUUCUCUCUCUAUUCGCUUAAAAUAUCUCAUCGAUAUUACUCUUGUAAAUAGAUCAAAUAUUGUCCAUUCAUAGAAAUGGUUCGUUACGAAGAUUGAAAUCCGCAAUUCUCUGAUAUAAGACUUCCCCCACUAUAUAUAAAAAAAAAAAAAAAAGAAAAGAAAAAUCGAGAAAAUUAAGGGCGGACGCAUUAAACAAUCCCUCAAUCUGCUACAAAAACGAAAACGGAAGACACUCUAACGUUCUUCAUUUCGCAUUUAACGUCGUUCGAAAAUUUUGAAGACACUUGUUUAAGAAUACAUAUUGCAAUUCUUGCACGAAGCUUCGAUCGGAUCUCCCGAGAAAUUUGCAAAUGAA